AUUCAAUAAUCCGUGCACGUUUAUUUCCUCUCUGGUGACCUAUACUGACAUUUUAUUGACAUCGUUGUCAGUUAUUUCUGUAUUUAAUCCAAUUCGGUUUAUUUACAUAACCCCAGCUGAUUUUCCCUAACUGAUAUUCAUUUAACACGGUUUGAGCUCAAAGCGUCAUACAGUAUUUAUUUUAUUUUUUCCCAGAUACACUAUUUGUCUUAGACAAAGGUCUAAUUGUAAUGCCGGGUGAUUUGGUGCCGCUUGUGCAGGUGUCAGUAUGACUGCAGCCGGUAGGAGGGACUUGAUGCUCCAACUUCUCAUUUUGUCUCUGCUCCUCAGCCAGUCGUCCUGGUCCUGCUUGGAGAGAGACAGCGGAUUCAGUAGCACGCUAUUCCGGGGAAACACCAUGCAUCUUAGGCUGAAAAGGCGCCUGGAGCCUCGCAUUGUUUCGAUUUCUCGUUUUUAAUUUCCCGUUUUCAUUUUUUGUUGCGUCUUUUCGUUCUUUUUUUUUUUAUUUUUUUUUCCUCCCUCCUGUGACGCGCAAGGACACUACAGCAACCAUCCACGGCAGAAACGCUCACAUAGAGCAUCCUCUGUACGCACCACCAUCCUCCACCUUCCUUCCUUCCUCCCACUCUCCUCCUCUCCUCUCUCCUGUUCUGUUUCAAUCCAGAGGACAUCGGGACCUCUUUUCUCCCUUCUUUGCCCGGAGACAUGGAUCUAUGGUUUCAUUCGAUCCGGAUUUGCUGGUGGAGGGUUCUGUUUCUGAUGAGUGUUUUCCAGGACUAUCUCAGCUCCAUGCUGGACUGCCCGCCGACCUGCAGCUGCUCUCAAACAGAGAUCUAUUGCAAUAAGUCCGACAACGGCAGGUUUUUCCCUUUAUUGGCCCUGCAAGACGCCGGGAACAAUGGGACCAGUGUUGACAUAGCAGAGUUAUUCAAGAACAUCACGUCUAUACACAUAGAAAACUGGACCGGACUGCAGACGCUCAGAGACGUUGACAUGGAGCUCUACACCGGACUGCAAAGACUAACUAUCAUGAAUUGCAACUUGAGGGUGAUCCAGGCUCGAGCGUUCGCUCAGAACCCACACCUACGCUACAUAAACCUGUCAAAGAAUCCUCUCACCACUUUGUCGUGGCAGCUCUUUCAGCACCUUCAAAUCUCCGAGCUGCGCCUGGACGGCGUGGUGUUCGACUGCGGUUGUGAUAUACGCUGGAUCCAGCUGUGGCAGCAGCGAGGGGAGGCCGGGCUCCACACGCAGCAGCUGUACUGCAGGAACGGCGCGUCCAAGAUACGGCUGCACAACAUGUACAUCCAUAGCUGUGACCUACCGGAGAUCAGCGUGAGCCACAGCACUGUGUUGGUGAUGGAAGGAGACAACGUGACGGUGAGCUGCAACGGAUCCGGAUCCCCGCUGCCUGAAGUGGACUGGACCGUCAGCGGCCUGCACUCCAUUAACGCACACCUGUCAAACGUCUACUGGCCGAACAUCCACUCCAUCAACCUGACUCUGUUCAACAUCAGCCGAGAUGACAACAACUUCCAGCUCACCUGCAUUGCAGAGAACGUGGUGGGGAUGACCAACUCCUCCAUUCAGCUCAACGUGCAGUUUCCUCCGGUCAUCGUGAGACUGGCCGAGCCUGAAAAGCGCCACGACACGUGUAUCGAGUUCACGGUCCGCGGGUACCCCCACCCCAAGCUGCGCUGGUUCCAUGAGCACAAGGAGAUCCUCCACAACGAGUACGUCCGCACCGAGAUGGACUUCUACCAGGACUACCUGGAGGGCUGUCUGAUCCUGCAGAACCCCACGCACAUCCACAACGGCAACUACACCCUGGAGGCCAGCAACGCCCUGGGGACCGUCACCAAGACCGUGUACGGCCACUUCAUGGAGGAUCUCGGGGGCGAGGACGUAAUGGAACUAGUCACUCCGAUGCCGUCGGACAGCGAUUCGGGCCGACCCGAAGAAGACACGUUUGGGGUCUCCAUUGCCGUGGGCUUGGCGGGCUUCGCAUGCGUCCUCCUCCUCGUCCUUUUUGUUCUCAUCAACAAAUACGGCCGGCGCUCCAAAUUCGGUCCAGUGGCUGUGAUCAGCGGUGAGGAAGACUCUGCUAGUCCUCUUCAUCAUGUCAACCAUGGUAUUAUUACCCCCUGUACCCUGGAUGCAGGUCCCGACGCGGUCGUCAUAGGGAUGACUCGAAUUCCUGUUGUGGAAAAUCCCCAAUACUUCAGACAUGGACACAACUGCAACAAGCCAACCACUCUUGUGCAGCAUAUAAAGCGGAGAGACAUCAUCCUGAAGAGGGAGCUGGGUGAAGGAGCUUUUGGGAAAGUCUUCCUGGCAGAGUGUUACAACCUGAGCCCCACCAAGGACAAGAUGCUAGUAGCUGUCAAGACACUGAAGGACCCCAACCUGUCGGCGCGGAAGGACUUCCAGAGGGAGGCAGAGCUGCUGACCAACCUGCAGCACGACCACAUCGUCAAAUUCUACGGCGUGUGCGUGGACGGAGACCCGCUCAUCAUGGUGUUUGAAUACAUGAAGCACGGAGACCUCAACAAAUUCCUCAGAGCCCACGGCCCAGAUGCCAUGAUCCUGGUAGACGGCCAGCCACUACAAUCCAAUGGAGAGCUGGGCCUUUCCCAGAUGCUGCACAUCGCCACCCAGAUUGCCUCAGGCAUGGUCUACCUAGCCUCCCAGCACUUUGUCCACAGAGAUCUGGCAACCCGCAAUUGCCUGGUGGGCAACGGCCUGCUGGUCAAGAUCGGAGACUUCGGCAUGUCCAGAGACAUUUACAGCAGCGACUACUACAGGGUUGGAGGACACACCAUGCUACCUAUUCGCUGGAUGCCCCCAGAGAGCAUCAUGUACAGGAAAUUCUCCACCGAAAGCGACGUCUGGAGCUUCGGAGUCAUCCUGUGGGAGAUCUUUACCUAUGGAAAGCAGCCUUGGUUUCAGCUGGGUAACAAUGAGGUUAUUGAGUGCAUAACCCAGGGUCGGGUUCUGGAGAGACCACGGAUUUGUCCUAAGGAGGUGUACGACAUCAUGCUGGGCUGCUGGCAGAGGGAACCACAGCAGCGACUGAACAUUAAGGACAUCCAGAAGGUCCUGUUCGCCAUGGGAAAAGCCACGCCGGUCUACCUGGACAUCCUGGGCUAGCGGCGGCCCCCCGUGGCCCGCUCGUCGCCAGACUGGACAGAUGGACAGAGACGUAUGGAAAAAAUUGACCCACACGAAUCCAGGAAAAACCAAACCAACCUGAUCCACUGUUGAAAAACACCUACAACGUUUGGGAAGGACUUAAGUGCCUGCAACACUUUUGGAUAUAGUGGACGUAUUCAAAAAAAACACACGCACUUUUACAUUUUGUUUACUUGGGUAUAAGAUGUACAGAUUUGAAGAAGAUGCUUUUUUUUCCUUGAAGAACUGCAAAAAUACACAAAAAUGGAGAUAAAAAGGGAAGCGAUGUGGACUGGGUUGGCAAAAAGGAAAAUGGCCACAGCGAUUAUAUUACAGAAAGAACAUGUGAGAGUUAAAGUCUAUCUUAGGUUCGGUUUUAUGGAUAUAUAUAGAAAUAUUACAUAUAUUUUAUAUUUAUUUCUUUUCCAAGGGCCCGCCAUGUAUGUUGCUAAGGGCUCGGCCCUGUCUGAAGACGUCACCGACAAACUAUUGGCAGGGACUCGAUGAAGGAAGCCUUACUUACAUUGGCCGGCACUGAGCUUCUAAUGGAGACUCUGCUCCUGUGGAAUAACACUGGAUGGUUGGGAGAAAAGAGGAGCACUCUGUAGAGGACGUACCCAAUCAGACGACAAAUUUAUUUUAAUUUAAAAGAUAGUGUACAUAUUGUAAAGUUCUCUGUGUCAGAAUUAUGUUAACUUAUUUUUUUGGACAUUAUUUAGUUUCAUUUUCUGACUGUGAUGUGGUUGGCUAAAGUAUAAAGCUAUGGUAUUUGUUUUCAUCCUAAUCUAGAGGAGACUUCUCCUGGGAAUUACCUGUGUCAGUGCUGGUAAGUUGUCUAACGCGCUGACGGUGAAUGAUGGCAGCGAGAACCGUUGGAAAAAGUCCACUGACACCGAAUCACAGAGACUUUGGAGAAGGGGGCACUACUCGGAGCCAUAGUUCAACACUUUCGACACUUUCCCAAAGAGGUGAUGAAGCCUCGUAUUCGCUUUUGAGUUGAUUUGCUUUUUAUGGCGAAGGUAUUGCGUUGGCGACUGACGUCUUACACCACACCCCUCACAUGCACAUGCUUUGAGAAGCUUUUCUGUCACUGUCAGGCGUUUUUGGUGUGAAACUGCUUUUCCACUCACAGAAACAAAAAGGACAAAAAAAACAAAACAUUUUUGUAACUUAGAAUAUGAAACAUUUGUCGUUCACGUGUUACAUACACGCACACGCUUCAAAGGUAUUUUUAAAGACAGUGCAAGAUUUUGGACAGAGGCCAUGGAGGGGUUGAGCAGCUGGAACUAGUUCAGACAGACCAACAUAUUGAGGUAGCCACUGUUAUACCUACAUCUACAAAAAAAACCUACCAAAAACUUGUGCUAAGCUAACGCUAACUGGCUGCUGACAGUUCCAUCAUAUUUGCUGAUCGGGCCUGAUUUAUUUUCUUUUUUCUUUCUUUCUUUACGAUAUUCUCGUCACCACCUCGCAAAACAAACAAUUGCUUCUUCCUCCAUCACAUUUUGUUUAGAGCAACCAAACGAGAAUGUUGUGCUUUUCUUGUUACUCUCAUUCCUUCCCCAUCAACUGUACAUGACUCGCAGUCACUCCUCUUCCUUGCACUUGUGGCCUUUUCAUGUUGAGCGCUGACGAGCUUUUACACUCGUUUAUUGCUUUGAUAAAACUCUCUGUUGCAAUCAGAGUGAAGCCACUGGAGCAAGUAAAUAAAUGUGUUCAUUUGUGGAUGGUGCAUCAAAAAUAAUAAUCAGUGAAGAGGUUCAGCUAAUUGUAUGAUUUCACACGUCCCAUAUUUUUGGUAAUUACGGUAUUUAAUGAACUGGAAAACAUGAAGGCUUUGGUUCCAAAGUGUGACAGUAAAACAUGACCCACAAAAAGCUUCACAGCAAAACAACCAAAUGAUUUUAUUUAAAAAAAAAUAAUUUGAAACUAAACAGCGAGUUGAGAAAAUGAGUUAGUUUUUACACAGUAGAUCCUGUAAAUGUCUCAGACACUGAAUGACAAACCUCAGGCAACAGUUUUUACAUUAUGUUGUAUCUGAAUAUCUGUCGUUUUGGAGGGGAACCCUUCACAUCGCUUCUUCAUUAUCCUCACAUGUAUCACAGUGUUGUCUCUGUUCCUCUUGGAAAUAUGUAAAUCAUUAAUGAAUAUUCAGUUGCUUCAAGUAUUUUAUAUGAAAGGCAGGAUCAAAUCCAAUGAGUUACCCAAAGCAUUGAGUUCUUGUGUAUUCUCUUGUGGUAAAGAUAAACGCUUAAAGACAUUAUGACACAGACCGUGAGCAUUUGCAGGGUAUCGUAAUCCUUUCAUGGUGAGUUGUUUUUCAAAGUUUUUUGUUUUUGUUUUAUUUUCCUUGGAUGAAACUAACUGAACACUUUUUUUGAGGCAAAGUUGGCAUAUUACCAUGUACACAUGUUACAGAUUAUAAAAAUGUGGUAUAACAACUGCAGUAUAUAAAAUACUGGUAUUCCAUGAUAGAUCUUUGUAUUAAUGUGACUCUCUUAAGAAAAUGUCUUCAAACAAUCAGAA